AAUCUUGGUGUGGUCCCCAGGUGAUGGAUAACAUCCUCCUCCAGAUUGUGGGAAGCAAAAAAGUCGUGCUGUUUGCCCCGUCCGAUGCUGACUUCUUGUACAUGAAUGGAGACAAGUCCGAAAUUUUAGACAUGGAUUCUCCUGAUCUUGAGCGCUUUCCACUAUUUUCCGGGGCCACACCGUACCGUGGGUAUUUGUACCCUGGGGAUAUGCUCUUUAUUCCAGGUAUGUGCUGGUUUUCUUCUUUGAUAGUCCCAGAGGGUGAUCUGAAUGCUUUUGAAAAUGAUGGGGAUUGUGUGCAGAAGUACAAAGUCAUGUCUUUUUAAAAUUCAUUUUGUUGAAUAAUCUGGUACUAAAGAAUUCUUACGAGAUUGCUUUUGCCAUCAAGGUACUUGGAAUUAAAUGUUUUGUCAUUUUUGUUUUAUUGCACUUUGUUU